CGCCGAAUGAAACAGUGGGCAUCAGUCAAGGCCCUAAGGAUACAAUUGUAUCGCACGUACUCCUCGAAUGUCCGAAUCGUCCGUAAUGUCACGUCAGUGAACAUCAGUUGUUAACCACGUCGAGUUAAGUGCAGUCAUGGCUGCGCGAAAAGAUGUCGUAAACAAUAAACUAAUGGACUGAUAUGACUAGUAUCAUAAAAUGAUAAAGAGGCUUACAAAGUAGCGACUUUGGAAUAUUAAGUUCUGUUCAUUGUAAAACAAACCAUGGCUAACAGUGAACAAAAUAUUGCGAGCGACGAACGAAGGGAUUCUUACACACUGCAACGCAACUUUCAAUCCUCAAUUCGCCUGAAUGCACAGCACUACCUCUGGAAAGAUGCAGUCGGAUACAAUAUUCACCCACGGAUUCCUGUUCUUGACUGCCCUACUUUCAAAAUCGCCGACAUAGGCACUGGUACAGCGAUAUGGGUGACAGAUGUGAAGCGCGAAUAUCCUCGGGUUCAAGUCGACGGCUUUGACUUAAAUCUGAAACAAGCCCCUGCUGUGAAAUGGAUGCCGCACGGAACGUCACUCAUUACCUGCGAUGCUAGGAAGCCCCCAGAUCCUAGGUUUCAACAUCAGUACGACAUUGUUAACAUUCGUCUAUUUCUCGCUGUCGUGGAGAACAAUGAUCCUUCAAUAAUCCUAGAUCAUGCUUUAAGACUGUUGAAGCCUGGAGGCUGGAUUCAGUGGAGCGAGCACGUCAUGAGUGACAUCUCAUGCAAAUCCGCUCAAGCUGAUACGAUACCUCCGCAUUGCGCCAUGGAGGAGCUGGCACAGUUCCUCCAACGUACUAAUCUCGGACGCUGGGUGCCAGAACUACCGAAACUUUUCGCCGAAAGAAACUUUACGGAAGCUGAAAUGUACAAGUACCCUAUACUUCCGCAUACUCGACUGUUUUGGACACAAAUGCAGUUCAACUCUACUAUGGAUUACACUUUUAUGGCCCUUGAUAAUGAUACGUCCGACUCAGCCGGCCCCCAAGCGCGUGAGAUGAUCGCUCGAGCAGUGGAAGAAACGCAACGUGGAAUUGCUCUCGACUUUAUACCAACUACUACCGUUGCCCAGCUUCCAUUGACGUGGGGUGAGGGUGGAGGUAGAAGCUCAUAUCGCUUGUAGCUAUCUUUGAUAUAUCCAAACAUCUUUAGACAGUAUACUGACACUAAUCAUCGGUGAAC